AUGAAUUCAAACGAUAUAACUAAAAAAAGAAUGCAAGACUUUCAACAAAAGGCUGCUCAGUUGCCUGACUCUAUUCUAUCUCCUGGAUUACUUUCUCGUAUAAAGUCAACUUCAAAGAGUUCAAGUCAUACUCAGAAACUCCCUUCAUCCCAUCGUAAACCUCAAUCUCGUUCAUCUGAUACUCCUCGUCAUGACUCUCAGUCUACUUUAAAACCUACUCCAUCUGCUAAUUUGUCCUUUGCUCAACUCAUGCGUAUGGCAAAAGCUAACGAACUGGCUGCUGAACAGAAUUUGUCUUGUACAAAACCUGCUCGCUCUAACCAUCCAAAAUCAACUCAACUCCUAAUUCAUUCAUCUUCCAAAAAUACUACUCGAAAAACUAGUCUGGGUUCUGCUGCUUCGUCUCUCUCUCAAAACCCUCAAAGUCUUCCAACUAGUCAUCGUGCUAGUGAUGCUCCCCUCUAUGGGAUCUAAACAGCCGCCUUUAGGUUCGCAAUUGAGUCGGCAUUUAAGUCAACAGUCUACAUAUCCAAAUACAAAUAAAUUGCCUCGUCAGACUAUGCCUGCAUCCAACAUAUCUUCAAUCCCAUCGCGACCCAAUACCAGUUCAGCCAACAGUCUAUCAAAUUCCUUGAAACAGUCAAGAUCUCUUGUUAAAUCCACUUCUCGAGCCUCAAAAUCACGGCCACCUCCUCCACCCGACUUGAAAGCCAUUCAACGAACUGCUCCUCGUCCAC